UAAAAAUAAAAAAAAGAUUAAAACAAAACAAAGGUUUCUGCAACAACCGCAAAAUCAUCAUAAUAACAAAGAGAGAGUGAAAAAAAAUAAUCAACAGAGACGAAAAGAUCGUCUUCUCCAUCGGAACAAGAAAUAUAUAGCGAUCAUGAGGUUCAAGAAAGGGACUAAGGUGGAAGUGUUAAGCAAAGCUGAGGUGCCAUCUGGCUCCUGGAUAUGUGCUGAGAUAAUCCUUGGUAAGGGGCGUCGUUACACUGUUAGGUAUGAAGGAUUUCUAGGUGCUACCGAUGAGGAAAUUGUGGAGCGAGUUUCAAGGAAAUCCAUAAGGCCGUGUCCGCCUACACUUGAACUUGUGGAGAAUUGGACUCCUGGUGAUAUUGUAGAAGUGUAUCAGAAUUUCUCCUGGAAGAUGGCCACAGUUUUGAAGGUUUUGGGGAAAAAGUACAUUUCUGUUAGACUACUUGGAUCUUCUUUGGAAUUUCAAGUGACCAAAUUUGACAUUCGGGUCAGACAGUCAUGGCAACAUGACAAGUGGUUUGUGGUUGGAAAGGGUUCUGCAAGCUGUGAUAAUGGAAAACGUUUUAGUGCGCAACUUCAGAAGAUAGCUACAAAGACAAAUCUAUCAGCUUCCAAUUACUAUCAGCCUGAAAAGAAAGAACUGAAUAAUCUGGAAUCCUGUCCUGUUUCUUUUAAAACAUUGAAACGAGGACGCCAUUCACAAGUUGAGGUAUAUGCUGAACCUAUGCCAAAGUUAAGAGCAAUUGACAAUGAAGGAAGAUGUUAUAGAGCAAGAGUUGGAAAUCCACCCACACCACUUAAACAUGUACAAAAUGUUAGUUUUCCAAGAGAUGUGCCAGCUGAAGAAUAUAUGCAUGCUUCUGUAUACAACAGGAAAGCUGGGAUUGUUGAUAUGGACAUUGAGAGGAGGAAACAAACUGCUGCUGUUGGUUGUUCAUUCGGACAAAACUUUGAAUCAAACUCUGCCGAUAGUGAUACAUGCUCUGUUGGUAGUUGUAGUAUCACCAGUGGGAAUUCCUAUAAAUUGCAAUUUCCUAUAUAUGCAGGUCCAUUUGAAGAUGUAGACAGUUCAUACAGCGAUGCUGAAUCUACCUGCGAGAGGGGAUACAUGGAAGCAACUUGCUCCCCUCCCACAAAACGACAAUUGGCAACAAAAAUUCAUAGGUUAGAGUUGCAUGCCUAUCGUUGUACAAUUGAGGCAUUGCAUGCAUCAGGACCUUUAAGUUGGGAACAAGAAGCAUUAAUGACAAACCUCCGUCUUUCACUCAACAUAUCAAACGAUGAACACUUAAUGGAGCUAAGAAACUUGAUUUCUUCUGAAAAUAGUAUUCCUUUCAGAUGACAUGAAUUUUUCUCUCUUCUACUUAAGACCUUUUCCUCAGGGAUAGAGUUCCAUACUAGUUUCUUGAUAGCCUCAUUCAACUGUAAGAAGAAAAAUAAAUAUUUCUGUCCAUUUAUGUUUUAUGAUUUAGUAAUGUAGAUGCUAAACACUGAAUAAAUGAUCAUUUCUGAUCUCUUUUUAAUUUGUUCAUUUAUCCUCUUAAUUCCCGUUGAGCUUAUUCUGAUAUAUACUUCACCAGGUUUUUUCGUGAACCUUUAUAACAUUGUAGAUGUAUUGUAGAUGUUGUAAACAUGUGGCAGACAUGGUAUGCCUACUGAUAUUUGAAAUUAAGUGCUAUGUUUAAAUGUA